CAGUCAGCGAUGAACCCCAACAAUUUCGAAACAGAGAGCCCAGGAGAAAUUCUAUUCAUGAAAGGAAGAAUCUGUCUCCCUCUUACCCCAGUGGAGAAAAGAUGGAGUCUCCCUCUCUUCCUGACCUCCCUCCUCCUUACUUUCCUCCUCCUCACAUCUUUCAACAUGGGCCUCCUCACCUCUCUCUCUACCCUCUUCUCCUUCCAACUCCAUCAAUCCUAUCACUCCGCCAUUGCAGUCGACACAACUCCUCUGGAAGAUAUCCCACGCCUUGCCUAUCUUAUCUCUGGAUCGAAAGGCGAUAUAAACAGACUUUGGCGAACCCUCCUCGCUCUCUACCACCCUCGGAACGUCUAUGUUCUCCAUCUUGACCUCGAGUCGCCAAAGCAUGAUAGGGAGGAGCUCAUCACCCGGACAGCGAACCAUUCCCUCUUUGCUAAGGUGGGAAAUGUUCAUGUGAUCAAGAAGGCGAAUAUGGUGUCCUACAGAGGUCCAACAAUGGUGGCAACUACACUUCACGCCUGUGCCGUUCUGCUGAAGAAAAGCAAGGACUGGGACUGGUUCAUCAAUCUCAGUGCUUCAGAUUAUCCUCUAGUAACGCAGGACGAUCUGCUCUUCACUUUGUCGAAGUUGCCAAGAAACCUGAAUUUUAUCGAUCAUACAAGUAAUUUGAGAUGGAAGGAGGAACACAGGGCAAGGCCAUUGAUAGUAGAUCCCGGGCUUUACAGAACAACCAAGUCUGAUGUGUUUUGGGCGAUGCGAAGAAGAGAACUGCCAAAUGCUUUUAAGCUGUUCACAGGAUCUGCAUGGAUGACACUAUCACGAGACUUCGUGGAAUUCUGCAUCUGGGGUUGGGACAACCUGCCCAGAACACUCUUAAUGUACUACACCAACUUUAUCUCAUCACCAGAAGGCUACUUCCAUACAGUUAUCUGCAAUGCGCCAGAGUUCAAUACAACAGUCGUCAACCACGACCUGCACUACAUUUCCUGGGACUCUCCUCCCAAGCAGCACCCUCAUAGCCUCAGCCUCAACGACGCUGCGAGAAUGAUUGGCAGCAACGCUCCCUUUGCCAGAAAGUUCAGGAAAGACGAUCCUGUGCUGGACAAGAUUGAUCUCGAGCAACUCAGAAGGCGCAAGGAUUGGGUGACUCCUGGAGGUUGGUGCUCCGGCAGCCCACCGUGCUCGGAUGUCGGGGAAGACUGGAGGCUUGAGCCAGGGCCUGGUUCUGAAAGGCUGGCAAAACUCAUGGAUAGGAUAGUUCGGUCUGAAUAUGAAUUUAAGAUGAAGCAGUGUAGAUAGAGAUAGUGAGAAAAUGGACCUUAUUGUUUUGACAUAACGUUGCAGUAGAGGUUAGUAGAUGCUGAGUAUUAUGAUAGCAUAAAAAGAAGCUGGUGCAGCAUGGAUGGUUCAGUUGUGAAGAGAGGUGGAAUGAGCAAUUGAGAACAUUUUGGAGAUUGAUUUUUAUUAUUUUGA